CGGACCGAGCAACUGACUGCUAGCCACACAGAGCGAGCAGCUGCUGACGAUUAUUCAGGCGGAGCAGCGACGGCGGCAGGAAUGUCCGUCACUACACAGCUGGGUCUGCUGCUGUGGAAGAACUUCACCUACAGACGACGACAGACGCUCCAGCUCCUGGCGGAAAUCGUCUGGCCCCUCUUCAUCUUCUUCAUCCUCAUCUCUGUGCGGCUGAACUACCCUCCCUACGAGCAGCAUGAGUGUCAUUUUCCAAACAAGGCGAUGCCAUCAGCCGGCACGCUGCCCUGGCUUCAGGGAAUCCUCUGCAACGCCAACAACCCCUGCUUCAGACAUCCGACACCGGGCGAGUCCCCGGGCAUCGUCGGCAACUUCAACGACUCAAUAAUUUCUCGCCUUUUCUCGGACGCCAAGAAGAUCCUCCUGUACAGUCAGAAUGAUAAAAACCUUGAGGGCUUCAAGGAGCUGGCUCAAGCCCUGCAGGUGCUGCAGUCCAGCCGCUCAGGCUUCAAGUUGAAGCAUUUCCUGCGAGACAAUGAGACUCUGUCGAGUUUUCUGUUGAGGAACGCCUCCUUCCCCGAACACAGCGUCCAGCAGAUCACGGAGGCCGACGUAAACCUGCAGAAGGUCCUCCUCGGGGGGUUCGCGGUCCACCUGAGGGACAUGUGUCCCAGGAAGGGGGGCAAGCAGAGCCUGGAGGAAUUUGUGACGAUCUCGGACAAACAGGUGUCGGCGAUGGUUCAAGAAAAGAUCUGCCAGGCUCCGCCCGCCUGGCUCAACCACGCCGAGGAGCACUUUCUGGACAACUUGGACUUCCUCAAACCCAUCCGGAGGGACGUCAGGGCUGACCCCGAGGCCGUCCAACAGGUCGCCAGGGCAACCGACAACCUGCUGGAUAGUCUGGGUUCAUUGGCAGUUGAGUUGGCCAGUAUGAAGAGCUGGAUCGAUCUGAGGAACGAGAUAGUCUUCCUGACGCAGAACGCCACGUCGUCGCCCAGCACCAUGUACCAGGCCGUCUCCCGGAUCGUGUGCGGUCACCCUGAAGGCGGCGGCCUGCAGAUCAAAUCCCUCAACUGGUACGAAGACAGCAACUACAAGGCUCUGUUCGGAAACUACAACAGCAGCGAGGACGAGACGGCGUCGCUCUAUGACAACUCCUCCACUCCGUACUGUAACAGCCUGGUGAAGAACAUGGACUCAAACCCCAUGUCCAGGAUGAUCUGGCAGGCCCUGAAGCCCCUGCUGUUAGGGAAGCUCCUGUACACCCCCCACACGCCCGCCACGCAGAAGAUCAUCCACGAGGUGAAUCGGACCUUCCAGGAGCUCGGUGUGUUCAGGGAGCUGGGGGGGAUGUGGGAGGAGAUAAGGCCCAAAGUCUGGGACUUCAUGGAGAACAGCGAGCAGAUGAACGUGAUCAGGACUCUGCUAAAGAACAACAUCACCGCCAGAGUCUUCCGCGCUCAGCUUGCUGACACGGACUGGACCGUAGAGGACAUCUCCAACUUCCUGUCCAAGCAGGCAGAUAACCAGCAGCCACCAGGCAGCUACCUCACCUGGAGGGAUGUGUUCAACGAGACCGAUCAGGCCAUCAUGAGCAUCUCCCACUUCAUGGAGUGUGUGAACCUGGACAAACUGGAGCCGGUCUCCAACGAGGAGAGAAUGGUGAACGUGUCCAUGAAGCUACUGGAAGACAGGAAGUUCUGGGCAGGGAUUGUGUUUCUGGAUGUCCCUUCCAACGCCACAGAGCUACCUCCCAAACUCAACUACAAGAUCAGAAUGGACAUUGACAACGUGGAGCGGACCAAUAAGAUCAAAGACGCAUACUGGGACCCGGGUCCUCGUGCCGACCCGUUUGAGGACAUGCGAUACAUCUGGGGUGGGUUCUCGUACCUUCAGGACGUUAUUGAGCAAGGCAUCAUCAGAGCGGUGACGGGCACCAAGGAGAAGACGGGAGUUUACAUCCAGCAGAUGCCGUACCCGUGUUACGUAGAUGACAUUUUCCUGCGGGUGAUGAGCCGCUCCAUGCCUCUCUUCAUGACUCUUGCCUGGAUGUACUCAGUGGCCAUCAUCCUGAAGAGCGUGGUGUAUGAGAAGGAGGCUCGACUGAAGGAGACUAUGAGGAUCAUGGGUCUGGAUAACGGCAUCCUGUGGUUCAGCUGGUUCAUCAGCAGCCUGAUUCCUCUGCUCAUCAGCGCCGGGCUGCUAGUGUUGCUGCUCAAGAUGGGGAACCUCCUGCCCUACAGCGACCCCGGCGUCAUCUUCCUCUUCCUGGGGUCCUUCGGUGUGGUGACCAUCAUGCAAUGCUUCCUGCUCAGCACGGCAUUUGCCCGUGCCAACCUCGCCGCCGCCUGUGGAGGAAUCAUCUACUUCACCCUCUACCUGCCAUACGUGCUCUGCGUCGCCUGGGAAGAGUACAUCGGCUUCGGGACGAAAGUCUUCGCUAGCCUUCUGUCCCCUGUGGCGUUCGGAUUCGGCUGCGAGUACUUCGCUCUGUUUGAGGAGCAGGGAGUCGGUAUCCAGUGGAAGAACCUGGUGUCCAGCCCACUGGAGGAGGAUGACUUCAGCCUCCGCACCGCCAUCAUCAUCAUGUACUUUGACUCCUUCCUGUACGGAGUCCUGACAUGGUAUCUUGAAGCCGUGUUUCCAGGUCAGUAUGGGAUCCCUCGGCCGUGGUACUUCCCCUUCACUAAAUCCUAUUGGAUUGGAGAAAAGGACGGAAAGUCCAACAAACUCCCACUGAAUCGGAAAGGAAACCCCGGAGCGGUGUGCGUGGAGGAGGAGCCGGCUCAUCUGGAGCCUGGAGUCUACAUCGAGAACCUGGUGAAAGUUUACCGUCAUGGUAAGAAGCUGGCGGUGGAUGGACUAACGCUCGGCUUCUACGAGGGACAAAUCACCUCCUUCCUGGGACACAACGGAGCCGGAAAAACCACCACCAUGUCCAUACUUACUGGCCUGUUCCCACCUACCUCUGGCACUGCCUACAUCCUGGGCAGAGACAUCCGGACAGAGCUGAGCGCCAUUAGGCAGAGUCUGGGAGUCUGUCCACAGCACAACGUCCUCUUCAGCAUGCUCACGGUGGAGGAGCACAUCUGGUUCUACGCACGGCUCAAAGGCUUGCCAGAGGAACGCGUGAAAGGUGAGAUCGAGCAGAUCCUGCAGGACACAGGGCUGCCGCACAAACGCAACUGCAGGACCAGCACUCUGUCUGGGGGCAUGCAGAGGAAGCUGUCCGUGGCCCUGGCCUUCGUCGGGGGGUCAAAGGUUGUAAUCCUGGACGAGCCCACAGCCGGCGUGGACCCUUACGCCCGCAGAGGAAUCUGGGACUUGCUGCUGAAGUACCGUCAGGGCCGGACCAUCAUCCUGUCCACUCACCACAUGGACGAGGCGGACAUCCUCGGCGACCGCAUCGCCAUCAUCAGCCACGGGAAGCUGUGCUGCGUGGGCUCAUCUCUGUACCUGAAGAACCAGCUGGGGACCGGCUACUACCUGACGCUGGUGAAGAAGAACCCAGAGCCAUCACUCAGCUCCUGCAGGAACUCGGCCAGCACCGUCUCCUUCACCAAGAAGGAGGAGGAGGAGUGCGGCUCGGUCAGCAGCAGCGACGCAGGACUCGGCAGCGAACAUGAAAGUGAGGCCGCUACCAUCGAAAAUGGCCCAGCAGCAUCCACCUGCAAUAUCCCCUUUGUACCCCCGGACGUGUCGCUGGUUUCUGCCUUGAUCCUGCGUCACGUCCCCGACGCCCGCCUGGUGGAGGACCUGGGACACGAGCUGACCUACGUCCUGCCGUACAGCGCUGCCAAAGACGGAGCCUUCGUGGAGCUCUUCAAAGACCUGGACACGAAGCUUUCCGACCUCGGCAUUUCCAGCUACGGAGUGUCGGACACCACCCUGGAGGAGAUUUUCCUGAAAGUGGCUGAAGACAACGGAGUCGACACCGAAGUGACCUCAGACGGGACACUUCCUGUUCAGAGGCGGAGGAGGACUCAUGCUUUCGGUGGAGGAGACCCUCAGAGCUGCUUGAGACCGUUAACAGAUGAUGACAACGAUGACUGCAAUGAUUCUGAAGACCAAGAGUGCAAAGAAACCGACUGGCUGAACUGUACUGACGGUAAAGGCUCAUAUCAGGUGACAGGCUGGACUCUGAGGAGGCAGCAGUUUGUUGCUCUGAUGUGGAAGCGGUUUCUGUAUGCCCGGCGCUCCAGGAAGGGCUUCUUCGCUCAGAUCGUCCUUCCGGCCGUGUUUGUCUGCAUCGCUCUGGUCUUCAGUCUCAUCGUGCCGCCGUUUGGAGUUUAUCCCAGUUUGGAGCUGCAGCCGUGGAUGUACCAGGAACAAGCGACCUUCAUCAGUGAUGAUGCUCCUGGAAAUGCCAACAUGCAGAAGCUUUUAGAUGCGCUGCUGAACGCUCCGGGAUUUGGGACUCGCUGCAUGGACGGAUACACGAACCCAGAGGCACCCUGUACGAUGGGCGAUGAGGACUGGUACACUCCUGAAGUUCCUGAAAGCGUCCUGGAACUCUUUAGCUCCAGAAACUGGACCAUGGACGAUCCCUCUCCAGCCUGCAUGUGCAGCUGCGAUGGCAAGAAGAAGAUGCUGCCAGACUGCCCGGCUGGAGCCGGAGGUCUGCCCCCACCUGAGAUGAAGCUGAGUGAAACGGACAUCCUACAGAACCUCACUGGGAGAAACAUCUCCGACUACCUGGUGAAGACUUACGCUCAGAUCAUUGGCAAGAGCUUGAAGAACAAAGUCUGGGUGAAUGAAUUCAGGUACGGAGGCUUCUCAUUGGGUGCCAGGAGCACUCAAGUCCUCCCUCCGGCUAACGAGAUCGACGACGCCAUAGAGAGAGUCCGAAAGAUCUUUGAGUUACAGAAGGGAGCCGCUGCAGAUCGAUUCCUGGACACUCUGUCUGGCUUCAUCAACGGUCUCGACACAAAGAACAACGUCAAGAUCUGGUUUAACAACAAAGGCUGGCACAGCAUCGGUGCCUUCAUCAACGUGAUGAACAACGCCAUCCUCAGGGCAAACCUCCCUCAGGGGAGAGACGCCAGCAAGUACGGCAUCAGCGCCGUCAACCACCCGCUGAACUUGACCAAGGAGCAGCUGUCCCAGGUCGCUCUGGUGACGACCUCCGUGGACGUCCUUGUGUCCAUCUGCGUCAUCUUCGCCAUGUCCUUCGUGCCUGCGAGCUUCGUGGUCUUCCUCAUCCAGGAGCGGGUCAGCAAAGCCAAACACAUGCAUUUCAUCAGUGGCGUCCAUCCGCUGCUCUACUGGACCGCCAACUUCAUGUGGGACAUGUGCAACUACAUCGUCCCGGCAACGCUCGUCAUCCUCAUCUUCAUCUGCUUCCAACAAAAAGCCUACGUAUCAUCCACAAAUCUGCCGACCCUCGCCCUGCUGCUGCUGCUCUACGGCUGGUCAAUCACGCCGCUCAUGUACCCGGCUUCCUUCUUCUUCAAGAUCCCCAGCACGGCGUACGUCGUCCUCACCAGCGUCAACAUCCUCAUCGGCAUCAACGGCAGCAUCUCCACCUUCGUCAUGGAGCUGUUCGGAAACAACGAAAUCGGAGGAAUCAACGACAUCCUGAAGAACGUCCUCCUCAUCUUCCCUCAUUUCUGUCUCGGUCGAGGUCUCAUCGACAUGGUGAAGAACCAGGCGAUGGCCGACGCCCUCGAGAGAUUCGGUGAGAACAGGUUCCGCUCUCCUCUGGAGUGGGACAUGGUGGGAAAGAACCUGCUCGCCAUGGCUGUGGAGGGAGUUGUCUUCUUUUUCAUCACCGUCCUCAUUCAGUACAGGUUUUGCAUCAAACCCAAGCCGGUCAGUAAGCUCACCAAACUGGUACCUCUGGGUGAGGAGGAUGAGGACGUGGCCCGAGAGAGACAGAGGAUCGUCCACGGCCUCGGACAAGGAGACAUCGUGGAACUUCGGCAGCUGACGAAGGUGUUUAAGAGGAAGGAGAAGCCGGCGGUGGAUCGACUGUGUGUCGGGAUUCCUCCCGGAGAGUGUUUCGGCCUCCUCGGUGUGAACGGAGCCGGAAAGACGACCACCUUCAAGAUGCUGACGGGAGACACCAUAGUGACCAGAGGAGAGGCUUUCCUGGCUGGGAAGAGCAUCCUGCGGGAGAUUGACGAGGUGCAUCAAAACAUGGGUUACUGCCCUCAGUUUGACGCCAUCAACGAGCUGCUGACAGGAAGAGAGCACCUGGAGCUGUACGCCAUCCUAAGAGGGGUGCCUGAGAAGGAAGUGUGUGACGUAGCAGAGUGGGGUAUCAGGAAGCUGAGUCUGGUCAAGUAUGCAGAUAAAGCAGCUGGAAGCUACAGCGGAGGAAACAUGAGGAAGCUGUCCACAUCCAUGGCUCUGAUCGGAGCGCCCCCUGUAGUGUUUCUGGACGAGCCGACCACUGGUAUGGACCCCAAGGCCCGCCGAGCCCUCUGGAACUGCAUCCACAGCGUCAUCAAGGAGGGCCGCUCCGUCGUCCUCACCUCGCACAGCAUGGAGGAAUGUGAGGCUCUGUGCACGAGGAUGGCGAUCAUGGUGAACGGCCGGUUCAGAUGUCUCGGCAGCGUCCAGCACCUGAAGAACAGGUUUGGCGAUGGGUACACCAUCAUCCUGCGGGUGGCGGGGCCGAACCCCGACCUGCUGCCCGUCAUGAAGUUCAUUGAAAGCGAGCUGAGCGGCAGCACGCUGAAGGAGAAGCACCGGAACAUGCUGCAGUACCAGCUGCCGUCCUCGCUCACCUCGCUCGCUCACAUCUUCUCCAUCCUGGCCAAAAAUAAAGAGACGCUGAGGAUCGAGGACUACUCCGUCACUCAGACCACGCUGGACCAGGUGUUUGUAAACUUCGCGAAGGAUCAGAGCGACGACUAUCACUCCAAAGACAACUCUGUGAGGCGGAAGGACGUCGUCGUCAUCGACCUCCCGGUACUGAGCUCGACCAGCGGAGCCUCGCAUGAUGGUGGCAGGCUGUCGGAGAGCGUCAUGUGACGGCACUGUGAGGCUGAAGCUUCAGCCUGGACUUGACCCGCAGCAGAGAAGACACCUACCUCUUCUCUGAUGUCACACUGAUUUAAAAAAAAAAUGGCGGUGGGCGGAGUCACCUGCUGCCUUAUGCCAGUCAAUGCAAAUGAUUUCCUCUGGAGGCGGGGAGUGCUUUGCCGACAACGCCGACUUAAACACUUGAACGAGUGCCUUCAGACCUCCCGCGGCUCCGAGACUCUUCUUCUCUUCCUGAUUGAAUGCGAAGAACGCGAGCGACUGUUUUUGGUGACAAACGAUGAAGAAUCCGAGGGCUGUUUGAAAAAAUAAAAUCACACGUUUAAAAAAAACAAACAAAACAAAACAAAAAAAAUUUGAUUCCGUUUCUACUGUCAGACUUUAUUUAUAUGUGUAGUGAAAAGAGACAUGUGUAAUUUGUUGUUUUAUUUUGACAGAGUCAUUAACUGUUUCCUGUAGUGUUUAACUGCCAAUCAAAGCACCUGAUACAGAGGAGACAUGUACUGAUUUUUAUAGUUUUGUUUUUUAAAGAAAGGAUACUAAGAAAAGCCGAUUUGUGAGUUUGGGUGUGAAACAGUGAAAUACCUCAUCAGCUUCUGAAGCACACUACAGUAUUGAUGAGCGGCCUUGCUGAUCGAUCGGCGCUCUGAUUGGUCGGCGAGCUGCUAAAGGUGACUCUCUGUGACUGCAGCACUUGAAGUGUUCAAACACCAUCAGUUUGUCUUUGCACUGAAAUCAAACUUGAUCACGUUUAUUGACCGUGCGGCUGAUGGAUGAAGAGCUGUUACGACCCGAACAACCAGGAUUAAACUGAAACAAAUCUGC